AUGUCGACCUCUGCUCGCCGUCGCCUUAUGCGUGACUUUAAGCGCAUGCAAACCGACCCCCCCGCUGGCGUCUCUGCCUCACCAGUAGCCGACAACGUCAUGACCUGGAAUGCUGUCAUUAUUGGCCCCGCGGACACGCCCUUUGAGGAUGGUACUUUCCGUCUGGUGAUGAAUUUCGAGGAACAGUACCCAAACAAGCCACCUGGUGUCAAGUUUAUAAGUCAAAUGUUUCACCCGAAUGUAUAUGGCACGGGCGAACUCUGUCUGGAUAUUCUCCAGAACCGCUGGAGUCCAACAUACGAUGUGGCGGCCAUUUUGACUAGCAUCCAGAGUUUGCUCAAUGACCCCAACACCUCUUCUCCGGCCAACGUCGAAGCCUCGAACCUUUACAAGGACAACCGCAAAGAAUACAUCAAACGUGUCCGAGAGACCGUGGAGAAAAGCUGGGAGGAUUAA